AUGUUCGAGAUAAAGGCGAUAGGACGUAGGAGAAUUAAGAAGUCUUUCAGCAUUGAUUGGAUUGAUGUAUAUGACCUUGACGUGUCGACUGGAGAGUGGACAGCGGUAGAAGGUACAACCUACUAUAGCGCAGACACAACUCUCAGUGGAGCUGCCUACCACCAAGAAGCCCCAUUCGCGAGCAACGGCACAAUCGCAACUAACCUCAGCGGCAACACCAGCACAAUCACUUUUGAAGUCACUGACGCCGGCGGUGAACAAUGGGUAUCUUUCUAUUACCAAAACACAGAUGACAUGGGCUUUGGCGAUGCCCCCUAUGGCUCCCCCGACCGCAUCGGCGGAAUCUGGAUCCUGCGCCACUACGGAUGGGUUGAAGUCAACAACGACCCCUCCACGCGUCGACAGCUGUCCAUGAAGGACACGCAUAAGGGAAUUAUCAUGGCUUCGCCGCUGGCGUUGAAACUCACACAGGGGUUGAACAAUAUCACAUUGGGUGGGCUCUCCAAUGGGAAUGGCACAAAGGCGGCAGACGUAGAUCGAAUUGUAGUCUACCCGCUGGAGCAAACGGACGCUGGAAAUGUGUCGGCAACUCCGAAGCGGACGGCAACGCCGGCUAAAUUUACUGGGGGCACAAGUCGGUUUGCCACGUCUCCAUCUGUGCUUGUUGCCCUUAUUGCUGCCAGUCUAUUUCUGUGAAGGGAUAUACUUGCGCCAAUGUAAAGAGUUCACGUCAGGGUGGUUAUAUUCAAGCUAUUUCGAUAGCUCCUUCUUCAGUACUUCAAAAUGGCAAGUCUAUGUGGUUACGAAGAGCUGGACUAGGUCAUAUACACGGAAAGACAUCAUGCGAAAAUCA